AUGGUGCUAUUAGAUGGUGAAGACAUUGAGCACUUAGAAAUCUCCUCUAAUGAGGUGGCAGAUGAAGAGGGUUGGAUCAUGGAGGAUAUGGAGGAGAACCCAGAAGAUAUUGAAGAGGAGGUAUUGCCAGAGAACAUCACUCUCCUGCUUCCCUCCUCACUUGGCAUUGAGCAAUACAAGAUGGUGGGAUAA